AUGAGUCAAGCUGCCAAGUUUGGAGCCCAGCACAUCACUCGCGGCAUCGGCCGCAUGUCACAGCAUGUAUUCACUGAAGCUCGUGGUACAUAUCUCUUCACAGACCAGGGCAAACGUCUUCUGGAUAUGACUUCUGGUAUUGGCGUUGUGAAUUUGGGCCAUUGCCAUCCAGCUGUGACGCAUGCUGCUCAAGAACAGUGUGCUAAAGUCACACAUGCUCAAGUAAAUCUCGGCUACAGUUCUGCGCAGAUUGAUCUCUUGAAAGCGCUCCUUCCUAUCAUGCCACAACCGUCGCUCGAUUCCUUCUUUUUGUGGAACUCGGGAUCGGAGGCUGUAGAGGCAGCUGUGAAAGUUGCACGGGCAUACACGAAGCGUCAGAACAUCAUCGUUGCGAAGGGCUCAUAUCAUGGUCGCACGAAUGCUACGGCCGCCAUGACGCGCAGUAAAAUGUCGUACAGUGAAGGCGUAGGUCCGUAUAUGCCUGGCAUUUUUACGAUGGAAUUCCCGUACUACUCGCAACUGUUCAAGCCUGUUCAGACAUCUACAGAUGAACUUGUUGAUAUUUCUCUGAAACGUCUUGAGCUCCUUUUUAAGCAAGAAACAUCACCUCGCGAUACAGCUGCUAUUAUUCUGGAGACUGUGCUGGGUGAAGGCGGAUAUGUUCCUGCUCCCACAGCAUUUUUGGAAGGUGUUCGUGCCAUUUGUGACAAGCAUGGCAUCCUUCUUAUUGUGGAUGAGAUCCAGGCAGGUUUUGGCCGCACAGGUAAAAUGUUUGCUAUUGAACACUCUGGUGUACGUCCAGACCUUAUGACAUUCGCGAAGGGCUUUGCCAAUGGCUACCCCAUUAGCUGUCUGGUCGGUAAUAAAGGGGUCAUGGAUGUCAUGUCACCGGGCACACUCGGUGGCACAUACGCUGGCAAUGCAGUAGCUUGUGCCGCCGCACGGGCCACUAUUGAAACAUUUCAGAAUGAGCGCAUUCUUGAGAAUGUGGCCGAAAGGAGCAAACAACUUUUUAGUGGUCUCGAUGCCAUUCGCCAAACAUCCUUUGGUAAGGUGAUCGAGGACAUCCGCGGCAUGGGUCUUAUGGUGGGUGUGCAAUUUGCGUCGGGUCCGGGUGAACCGAUUGCCCAAAGACUAUCUAAGGCUUGUCUAGAGCGCGACAUGCUUAUCAUGAGCACAAGUUCAUUUGACGUCAUACGCUGGAUCCCGCCACUUACUGUUUCGGAACAGGAGCUUUCUGAUGCCCUCGCCAUCUUUAGCGAUGCACUGGAAGAAGUCGUUUCUAAAUAG